CCGCCGCCUCCCGCCGUGGGACGGGACCGGGUCACAGCCCUUUGCCAAAGCUCCCAGGACUUUUCCCCCUACUUCUCCUGUGGAACGGGGAGCCUGAGUGUAUGCCAGCAUGGCAGAAAAAGUGAACAACUUCCCUCCCCUGCCAAAGUUCAUCCCCUUGAAGCCAUGUUUCUACCAGGACUUCGAUGCCGAGAUCCCUCCGCAGCACCGCACCAUGGCCAAGCGGCUUUACUACCUCUGGAUGUUGAACAGCAUCACCUUGGCAGUGAAUCUGGUUGGCUGCCUCGCAUGGCUGAUCGGAGGCGGCGGAGCCGUCAAUUUUGGACUGGCAAUUCUCUGGCUCAUUCUCUUUACGCCCUGCUCCUAUGUCUGCUGGUUUAGACCUAUUUACAAAGCUUUCAAGACAGACAGUUCCUUCAGCUUCAUGGCUUUCUUCUUCACCUUCAUGGCCCAGCUGGUGAUCAGCAUUAUCCAGGCAGUGGGAAUCCCUGGCUGGGGUGUCUGCGGCUGGAUUGCAGCAAUUUCUUUCUUCGGGACCAACGUGGGCUCGGCCGUGGUGAUGCUGAUCCCCACUGUGCUCUUCACAGGCAUGGCAGUCUUCUCCUUCAUCGCUCUCACCAUGGUGCAUAAGUUCUACCGGGGGAGCGGUGGGAGCUUCAGCAAAGCCCAGGAGGAGUGGACCACGGGGGCCUGGAAGAACCCCCACGUGCAGCAGGCAGCACAGAACGCAGCCAUGGGGGCGGCGCAGGGAGCCAUGAUGCAGCACGAGACGCAGUACUCGGCCACCCCGAACUACACCUACUCCAACGAGAUGUGAGCAGCAGGACUCUGUCCUCAGGAGAAAGAUCUUUG